AGCAGGAGGCGCAGGAGGAGGAAGAAGCCGUUCAAGAAGAAGAUCAACCAGCUGCAGAAGAGGGGGCUGAGGAAGAGCAAGAUGAAGACGAGGAAGCAGAGGACGGAGAGGCCAAACCAAAGUUCAAGCCGUUUAUCAUGCCGAAUCUCAUCCCCCCCAAGAUCCCCGAUGGAGAAAAAGUGGAUUUUGAUGACAUACACCGUAAAAGGAUGGAGAAGGACCUGAUGGAGCUGCAGACUUUGAUUGAAGUUCAUUUUGAGAGCAGAAAGAAGGAGGAGGAGGAGAUUAUUCAACUCAAGGAGAGAAUUGACAAGCGUCGGUCUGAGCGGGCGGAGCAGCAGCGGAUCCGCAGUGAAAGAGAGAAGGAGCGACAGAAGCGACUGGAGGACGAGAGGGCUCGUAAGGAGGAGGAGGAGGCGAAGAAGAGAGCAGAGGACGACGCCAAGAAGAAGAAGACGCUCACCAGCCUCCACUUUGGAGGUUACAUGCAGAAGCUGACUGAGAAGCGAAGCGGCAAGAGGCAGACGGAGAGGGAGAAGAAGAAGAAGAUUCUGAGCGAGAGACGCAAGUGUCUGGACGUCGACAACCUGAGCCAGGAGAGACUCAAGGAGAAAGCGAAGGAGCUGUGGGAGUGGAUGUACGAACUGGAGGCAGAGAAGUUCGACCUGCAGUAUCAGUUCACCGGCCAGAAAUAUGAGAUCAACGUGCUGAGGAACCGUGUCAGCGACCAUCAGAAAACGUGA